AUGUAUGUGAAAGAGACCAGCACUGUACAUCAGAUGUGCUACAAGGAAUCAAAGCCAGAUGAGACUAACGCACAGGUGUUUGCUGUCCAAGGGUUUUCGCUCGUUGAUUAUUCAGAUAGUGGUGAAACUGUAUGGAGAACAAAAACUCCAGCUCCACACUAUGAUGUUCUAAGGAAGAUAACAGAAAACAUUCUGGUGGAUAGUGGACCGGAAGUCUCUUAUCGUUUGUACUUCUCAGAUGAAACUGUUGUGAAAGAAACCUGUGAUGAGGCUUCUCCAAACAACCAUUCCAACGAGCAAUCAGACGAUGAACUUGUUCCAUCACUGAGACGCACAAAAAGCUUUAUGAUGGAUAGAGUACAACAUUUUGCUGGGUGUCUCUACGAUUCAAGUGAUGACAGCACAGAGGGCACUUUCAUUUCUAAGCCUGAAAGGGAUUCACAGAGGCUGAGAAGAAGCUAUCGCCAUCCUAUGUCAGUCUGCCAGGAGAACAGGGGUCAGAAGAUGAGGAGAGCAUGUCAUCCCUGCACGACUGUACCUCCACAUCACAAGUCCAAAACCUGGGAGUGUCUCCAACAGAUGUCAGUAUGCCAGGAGAACGGGUCAGAAGAUGAGGUCAGCAUGUCAUCUGUGCAAGAUUGUACCUCCACAUCACAAGUCCAAAACCAAGAAAGAGAGGUAAGCAAGCUGCUGUGAAACGCUGGAUACCAGAGGAAAUUGCCGCAGUAGAAAUACAUCUGAAGAGGUUCAUUGUGAGACAAGAUGUUCCAGGUAAAGCGGACUGUGAGCGCUGCAUUUCUGCAGAACCGCAAGCGCUGCAAAAAAGAGACUGGAAAGCAGUUAAAUAUUUCAUCAAAAAUAGAAUAACUGCCAUGAGAAGAAAAUUAGAAUGAAAGCAGUUCACUGAUCAGAGGUACGGACACACGUUUUCAGUUUGCCCUCCAACAUUUCUUUGUUCAAGGCAGAAAUGUGCUGUAGUUUGAAGUAGCUGCUGUGGUUUUAGCAGUCAACAACACAUUAAACAAGUACACGUUUUACCUCAGUUAUAUACACUGUUGUCAGAUAAAAGUCAAAUGUUUUAUCUAGUUAAUUUUGCAGUUUGUAAUGCCUUUUGCUGUUAAUGAUAUUGCUAAUUACUCAGCAAAUAGAAGAACAUAUCAUUCAUUUUAGCCAUGUCAGCUCUGUGCAUGGUUGGUUACAUAAUGUGGCAUUGAGUAUUCUGUAUUCAUUGUUUUCUCCAAUCAUUAGUUGCAGCCCUAGUUCAAUCUCAAUUAUGUCUAGAGCAUUUUUGGGUUUUUAUAUAUAGACAAAAAACCUUUUUGGUUAUCGUUUUGUGUAAAAUGUAGUCUGAUCCCUGACUUUUU